AUGGCGCAAGAGGGUGGAAAUGACGAUAGAGAAGACGAAGAAAUCACGAAGGUUGCUUCUAAUGGCAAGCUAUCCAAUCCAGACGCAGAGGCGCAGGACGAUGCUUCUGAGGAGGAAGAGGAAGAGGAGGAACCUCGAUUGAAAUAUGCGUCCUUGACUAGGCAUCUCAGAUCAGUCUAUCGGAAUGGAGACUCCACUAGUGCCUUCCUCGUCGCUGGAGACAAGAUGCUUGUUGGAACUCAUAAUGGCCACAUUUCGAUCCGCUCUUUUCGCGCUCAUCAAGCGUCGAUCACAUCGGUCUCAGUAUCCCCAUUCCCGCCCCCGUUGGCCGCUACAAAGGUCGAAGGCCAUCACCAAAAGCCAGCACACAAGACGAAGGCUCCCACUCCCUCAGCUCCAAGAAACGCCAAAGAUUCACCGCAAAGCAAGAACACUCAACAGCCACCUGUUCCUCUAAUACCAUCGAACGCUAUAUUCAUAGCCUCCUCCUCAAUAGACGGUCAUGUUUUCGUGACAUCCCUCACAGAUCCAAAAGAUGUACAGCUGCGGAAUUUUGGAAGACCUCUUCAUGCUGUCGCGUUAUCACCAGAGUUCAAAUCAGAUCGAUCAUAUUUGUCAGGAGGUCGUGCAGGUAGCUUGGUUCUGACCGUUGGAGGCCAAACUGGUACAAAGUCAGACGCUACGACUACUGGCGCUGCCGCGUCGGCCUCAGGAUGGCUGGGUUCAAUUGGUCUGGGAUCAAAUACUGGCAAGGAUCAAGUCCUACAUUCAGGAGAGGGCGCAAUCAGUUGCAUAAAAUGGUCUCUGUCAGGCAAGUACGUUGUAUGGGUCAAUGAGCAUGGCAUCAAAUUCAUGAGGUCAAAUCUGCAUCUUGAGUCCAUGGAAUCCGACUUAGCUUGGAAGCGCAUGAAACACAUUGAUCAUCCAAACCGCCCAGGGUGGGAUGAAUUGGCUGGGAUAUGGAAAGCUCAUGUCGAAUGGAUCGAUGAAGCAGGACUGGAGUCAGACGAGUUAUUUCCGACGAAAUCACCAAAUGAUGGUGUAGCAGAGCCAGCCGACAUUGAACGCCUCAGGAUGACCCAAAAAAGCAGGACGAUAGAGAAACUUGUUGUAGGAUGGUCUGGAACCAUCUGGAUUGUCAAUGUGCACCCUGCUGGUGCAAAGACAGCAAAAGCGCCCGCUCAGGACAGAGCUGGACUUGUAGAGCUUAUUACGAUUUUACGAAUGGACUGUAUUAUAUCUGGAAUUUCGCUAUAUACCCCAAAACUAUUGCUUAUACUUGCUUAUGUUACACCAGAAGAGGAUACUACCCAAAAGACGACGAAACGAGGGCUCUCCCGGCGUCAGAAUGCUUCACAACCCGAAAUGAGGAUAGUCGAUGUUACAACUAAGAAAGAAGUCAGUGUGGCGGACACGCUUCACAUUACUCGCUACGAGAGCCUUUCUGCCACAGACUACCACUUGAGCGUCUUGCCCGCCAUCCGCAUGCGCACCAACACUGCGAACCAGCGUGGAACGCUGGAAGCUAUUGGUGGUGGCAUUGAGGCUAUCGGCGGUGGCAUUUGGGAUGCAACCAUGUAUCCGACCAAACUCUUCAGCAGUAGUGCUAGUGUUCGGAGCAGGGACAGUACCAGCCCCAGUAAAACAGGCAGCGAAGCAAACGCCAUAACGGACCUUAAAGCUGCUCAAAUAAAAUAUCCUAAAGCUUUUCAAACACAAGAACCCAAGACCACACAGCUAGAAGACUCACCAGAUCCGUCCAUCUUGACGCAUGGGAUGAAGAUUUUUAUUCAAAGUCCUUACGAUUGUAUCAUUGCAACGAAGCCCACCCUACCUGAUCAUUUCAUCUGGCUAGACAGCCACGCAAGAUAUGAGGAAGCGUGGAAUCUGUUAGAUCGUAGUCCGGAGGCGGCAGCCACUGCUCCAGAAGACCGACUUUCCGACCGCUCUCCCAGCACUCCUACAGAUAAUAGCCUAAGUGAUUUCUUUGCAGAUGAUCAGUCUUUGGUGGCUCCCUCAGAGAAGCAAACCAUUCAGCUUCGCGCCAAAAAGGAAAAGAUCCGUGUUGGAGAGCGUUGGGUCGAUCAGCUCGUCACCACCCAGGACUGGGAAAUUGCUGGUAAAAUAUGCGGUCAGGUUCUGGGUACUCCUUCUGCUUGGGAACGGUGGAUCAGGGUUUUUGCCCAAGCGGACAAGUUUGAUGAUAUAACACCAUUCGUGCCUUACGACCAUGAUCAGGGUCCUCUUAGUCGCCCUGUGUACGAACUUAUACUAGGUCAUUACGUAUCCCAAGAUAUACCACAAUUCUGUGACUUACUCAGACGAUGGCCCCCUGAGCUCUUUGACGUCGACAGUAUUAUUGAGACUAUCCAUGGCAAAUUCAAGUCUGGAGAAAUCAGCGAAGAUUCGGUGGAAGACAAUGAAGCGGGUAGAGACUGGCGUCUUCUCAUGGAAAGCCUAGCAAGACUCUAUUUGGCUGUUGGCCGACCUCGAAAGGCACUUCGCUGCUACAUACGCCUCCAAGAUGCUGAUGCAGCAAUGAGUCUUAUAUCUGAAACGCACCUCGUCGAAGCGGUAGCAGAUGACAUCCCAGGCUUCAUUCUCCUCCGUGUGAGCAAGGAUCAACAGCGUACCGCUUCAUUGUCUGAUCUUGCCGAGCUCACACUCGAGCCAAUUCGUCUUCUCGUUACAGAAGCGCAUCGUGGUGUCGUUCUCCCCGAAUCAGUCAUCCACCAACUCAAUAGCCGCUACAGUACGCCCAAUCCAUACCUAUUCUUCUACUUCCGGGCUCUGUGGCAUGGUGAUACCUCAACUGAUCAAACCACCUCGAGAUCCACACCCAAAGAAGAGCGUCUCUUAGUUCAAGAAGGCAAAAACCUCGUUUCUGAUUACGCCGACACGGCCGUCGCCCUCUUUGCUGAAUAUGACCGUGACCUACUAAUGACAUUCCUCAAAGCCUCUCAAUCCUACACUCUAAGCUCUGCAUCCAAAAUCUGCGAGCAACGCAACUACACACCUGAGCUCGUCUAUCUCCUCUCCAAAGAAGGGCGCACAGCGCAGGCACUACGUCUUAUAAUCGACAGCAUUGGCGAUGUCAGCCAAGCCAUUCAAUUUGCCAAGGAACAGCACGAUCCUGCCCUCUGGGACGACCUGAUCGAAGAAAGCAUGGACAAACCCUCUUUCAUCACAGGCCUACUGAAAGAAGUCGGCACAUCCAUCGACCCGCUCAACCUGAUCCAGCGUAUUCCCUCAGGCCUAGAAGUGCAAGGUCUGAAGGAUGGCUUGCAGCACAUACUCCGCGAAUUCGAGGUCCAAGAGAGCAUCAGCCGUGGCGCAGCAAGAGUACUCCGAGGUGAGAUCAACCGUGCAAUGCAAAGUCGUUCUUCAGGGUUGCGUAAAGGGAUCAGAUUCUCCGUGGCCGCGCAUUCGAAGGGCAAGAAGCAGGCCACCAAUGCCGGGCCGAAAGAGAUCAAGGCAAAAGAUAUAAAGCCCGGACAUUGUGCGGGCUGCGGCGACGCCAUCAACGAUCGAGACUCUCACCAAGCCUACCUAAUAGCCUUCCCCUGCGAACCCCACCCCCACACAUUCCACCUGUCCUGCCUCCUACGCCACGCCUUCCCGCCCGGCACCGAGCCUCCCUCAAUUCUCCGUGAAUUUCUCGAACCCUCCGAUCCCGAUGACGACGACGACUGGGCUGAGCACGCAUGGGAUAGAAGUGUGGGGCCGAAGGUUGAUAGAGCGAGAUUGAUUGGGACGGUGCUGGGGAAGGGAUGUCCGCUUGAGGGUGAGGCAGGGGAGGGCGAAGAGUCGUGA